UUAAGUGUAUUCCCAACGGACAAGUUUCUGAAUAAACCUACGUGCUUAGAAUACAUCUAGUGUGUUUAUCAAUAGAACCCGUUCAAUUAACUUUAAUUAUUUUCUGUAGCUGAGAACUUGUUUGCAAAUAAAGUUUUAAUGUGAUGGCUGUUAACAAAACGAAGCGUCGAUCAAAAUACAUUCAAAAGAUAAUGAUGGACGACGAAGAGGAAAAGACGCGAAAGCCAGAAGUGAGCACAAGAAUAUCAAAAUGGGCAUCCGGGACACCCGACAAGACGGAUGACGUCAUCCUUGAGCACAGCUUCCUCGGGAUUAAGCUUAAGAUCCCGCGGGACGCUGUCAGUAAUGUCCAACCAUUAUCAGUAAAACUGCGGGUUAACAACAACCCGUCUUUUGAGCCAUCCCUAGAGGGAAAUGAUCUUAGAGUGUACGACAUCAUCCAAGUAUGGCCGAAAGAAUUCGAGUUUAGUCCCCCAGCCGAGUUGCAGCUGAAGUUGCCUAGCUGCGUGAGUAAGAAAUCCGCUGGACAGGUUGUCUGCAUGUUCAGCAACAUCAUAACAGUUAAAAAUGGUGUGCGACAUUUGAAAUGGGGCAGAAUGGAUUCACGGAGAUUUGUCAUGAAUGACACAAGGACAGAAGCAAAGAUAAUUUGUAAAUACUCGGGUUAUUAUACAUUAAUAUUGACCCAAUGCCCCGAGUGUACCACAAGGAUCAAUCCUGGGGAAUCUUUUAUCGUAAAAGUCGAGGGUUACAACGGACUCAAUAUUCAAUUUGUAGAAGGCUGCGUGGAAAGGGAGACUAAAAUCACCCUCAAAGUCGUUUGCAUCGAGGAUUUGUACAACUCUCCGAUGGCAAGUCCGACAUCUCCCAAUACUCGCCGAAAAAUCCCUAUACAACACAGAGCCGACGAAAAUACGCUGGACGUUACCGGCAGCCCUGUGGUUUUGGUACGACCGAUACAUGAGCGGUUUGGAAGACCUGUUCGCUUGUCAUUGCCGUUGCUAGGCAGCACUUUUGAAGAGAUCUUUAAGAUGGACUCCUCGCGUCUAGUUGUACUGCAGAGUCGAAUGCUGGACGACGAGACUGUUGUGUGGAAUCAUCACUAUAGUACACCCGAGAUCGAGCUCGACGCACAUGGGAAUCGAAUCGCGACGUUUCUCAUCACAAGUGGUGGCCUGUACAAACUGGUCAGACGUCUCCCAAGCAAAAAUAUGCGCAUCAUAUCGGAAAUGACGUCUCAAAUCUCACGCGAGCUGUGCUUGUCAACCUCGCCUUUAAUGGUAACUGCAAAUCUCAGAGGACUGGUGACGGAAAUAGCAGAACCUGGCAAGCAAUUUGUGUUAAGGAUAGCGUUGAUGGACACCCAUCAAUCAAGAAAUCCAGACAGCUGUUUUAUUGCUGAGGUUUGUUCCCAGUACCUCACGGUCCCACUUGGCAGAGUCCGCUUCCUUGUCCGCGGGAGGUUCGAGCCCGACCGUGACGUUACUGAACAUUCGGAAGAGCGAACGAUCACGUUUAUAGGGAAGACCGCAUUCGUCGACUUUAACCUGAAAUUAAGGCUGAGCGACCCCACGAAGAUCCCGGAUAAUAUGGGGAAAGUUACACUGUACGCGGGCGCCGAUGCCCAAUACUAUAUCAACCUGCAUAAGCCGAUGAAGAUUCCCAAACUCCAUGACUCCAAAAAGGCAAAGAAAGAGAGAAAAGCUCGGGUUCUUAAGCAGAAACCGUUGCUAAAGAGGAUGUCAUCCAUGGCGACAUUCACAAGCAACUCGACCGUCUUUCCAGGAACAGCUGAUGAAACACUUAUGGAGAAGAACGAAGCAGAAUCUCAAAUUACCCCAGACAUCGAUACCAUAUUCGAGCCCUGUUAUCCAAUCAAGGAUCAGAACAAUAAUACCACAACAGCUUCCGGUCCCCUUGAUAAAACGACUUCCGGUUCGUCAUCGCGAACUUCUGGUACAUUUACUUUCAGUUCCGAGUCACGUGGUUUGUCUGUCACUUCUUUAUCAAGAAUGUCAAAUAUCGCUUCAACAAAAAUGAGUGGAGAGGAUGAGGGAAAUUUAAAAAAGCCAGAAGAUGAUAAUUACUUCGAAGAUCAAUUCUUAUUUAACGAGCAAAUGAAGGCUGAGCAUGAGGUAUCAAAUACAGGUGGAGGCGGCUGCGAGGGACUGGGCCUACAGGGGCCACACGCGGACUGGGGUCGAGGGACACGCCCACCUAGAAGGCUAUCUAAGCCAAGUAGUCUCAGCUCUGAUAGCUUGGGAUCCGAGAUUCUUAACAUGGAGUAGGUAACAUGAACGAAGGGGGGAGUUAAAUGAGAGGGGAAUAGUACGACCAACGGAUUACAAUUGCGGAAAUAAAAUCAUGAAAUAAAAUAUAUAUAUAUAUAUAUAUAAAGCUGGAAUAUAGAAAGAAAGGUCCGUGUACCCCUGGUAAUAUAAAAGAAGGGAAAUGAGGCAAUAAUAUGGUCCCUAAUCUUUUUUUACCCCUUACAUUUCAAUUGUAAAAAAAAUGUAGCGUAGCCAUCAGGCAACAUUGUAACGCAAUAAUUCUGGUACACGCAUGUCUCGUCGGUAGAGAGCAGAAACAUUAUAUCUAAAUAUUUACUAGCAAUUUUGCUGUAAAUAUAUAAAUAUCCAAUAAAAGGAACAGAUAUGCAAAAAA